GCCCAGACAGAACUAGACAGACGUAGAACGUACAUCAAUUUGAUAGAUACUACAACAAUGAAGACAGUUGACAUUCUACUCUUCACUUUGUGCAUUUCUUUGUCGAAUGUAAAAUUAGCUUCCGGCAGAAAUAUCGAGUGGUGGGCAAGUGACAAAAGCAACAGCCAAAAAACAGACCGGAAUCUCUGCGUUGAAGAUUAUUCACCAUGCAAUUGCAACGACAGUCCCUCCUAUGGAUUGGAAAUCACUUGCGACGGUGUCGAUGUCCUCACCAUUCAAGACAUUUUCAGCCGGACUACCACCAACGACUUGUUUUCUUUUCAGUUGACAGUCCCAUCUCCAGCUGAAGGAAAUGUCGUCUCCAUCCCGGCCGAUUUACUGAACGGCAAACGAGCAGGAAAUAUCCUUUUGAAUUGUCCGUUUCCCGAUUGGCAAUUGACAAUUGAUGCUGAUGCUUUCCGUCCGUCAAGUGAUUUGACAUUUUUCUUUUUCACCGCUGGUUGUGAUUUGAAUCUGCUAGAUUUUACAUCCUUCCUAGACGGCUUCCUUAGUUUAACGACGGUUUUUAUUAGCCAAUCGUCAAACGUCCAGGGCAUUCAAAAUUUGCCUGCCCUACCAAGCCUCAACCAACUGAUCGUUACUUACACUACUGGAUUAGAAAAGAUCACUGAUUUCUCUCGUCUUGGUAACGUCCAGCUGAGACGUCUCUUGUUGAACGGAAACCAAUUAGACGACCAAAUGGCUGACAACAUUUUAAACGCAAUGGCUUCUUCAUCAGCUGCUACUGCCUUAGAAAUGCUGUGGUUGGCAAGCAAUCAACUGACUCGAGUUCCAGCCCAAUUGAGCUCGUUUUCUCGAUUGAUUCAGCUUGAUUUGUCUAAUAAUAGUUUUCCAGUUUUAUCCAGUGGAUCUUUUUCGUUCAACGCUCCCGUCGAUUACCUGUAUCUCGAAUCCAACACCAUCAACAGCAUCGAACCUAGCGCUUUUCAAGGUGAUUUCACUAGGGGUCGCAUCUACCUUCGCUUCAAUAGUUUAUCGAGAUUUGAGGAAGCUGUUUUCAGGCCUUUGCUGGAGCAGAUGAUAAGCGUCACGAAUGGUGGUCUAGUCAACCUUGAAUCCAAUCCAUUGGAUUGUGGAGAUUGUCAUUUGGCCUGGCUCAUUCGUGACAGUCCUAGUUUACUCAACGCUGUCGAAUCGGCCGUUUGCUCUGAUGGAACUGCAUUUAGUGCUUUGAACCCAUCCGCUUUCGCCGACUGUCCAUGAAAACCAUGCACGAAAGGCAAAUACACUUAACGUAAGUGUAUGCUGCCAUUUA